AUGAGCGCCUUGGGAGGAACUAGGGGAGAGCGUAACGCCAAACCCAAAUUCGCAGCAUUAGAUAUCAACAAGCUGUACAUAACUAGUCGAGGUGAAUCUUUGGAGCCGUCUACCCAAAAGAGUGCAGUUCCGCGUAAACAUGGUAUGCAAAGUUUGGGGAAGGUGCCGUCGGCCCGUCGAGCACCGGCGAAUCUUCCAUCCUUGAAGGCCGAAGUUAGCAAUCCUACUGACCAGCUUGCCAGUUGGUCUGGUGAACAAACCGACGGUCAAAACGUUAUCAAUAGCCCAAGUCAUCCUGCAAACAAAGCAAUUCCAUCUUCAACUACUUCAAUUGCUAAUAAGAAUUCUCAACAGCAAGCAUCUCUACAUAACUCAAAAAAUUCUGAAUCAACAUGGAAUACGAACGAGUUCCCACUGCUGGAUGCGACUGGUACAUUUGGUUCAAAUGCCAACAAAGCACAAAAUUACCAAGACCACUACCCCAGUGCGUCUCAACUAGUUUUGAGACCACAAACCGAUGCUGCGAAUUGGAUUCAUCAACAAGGUCAGGCUGGUCGACUAGCUGGUUCCAGCAAUACAACGGAGAUGGUAGAAGGUGCGAGCGAUCAGAUUGGGUCGAAUACUUAUACUUCGAUACCUUCACAAACUGCCCCAUUGCCCCCACAAUUCAGGGCAUUAUUGCCUCCGUUUAUGCAACGAGGAAACGAAAGCGGCUCGACAGGAAGCGGAAACGAAGGAUUUUCCUCGACUACGGGACAAACUUCCCAAACGCAGUUAUCUCACUUUUCAGCUGCAUCAACAUCGUCGCCGCACGAUUCUCGAAACAACAAUGUAUCUUCUGGUACCAAGAGCAACAACAAAAACAGCGGCAUCGGUGGGUUCAAUUCCAUCGUAAAUCACAGCAACACCAGUAUUGGGAGCAGCGGAAAUGGAAACACCGUUGGAAAUGUUGCCCAAAUAUCAAAUCACUUUGCACAGAAUUCAUCACAAGGUUCAUCCCAGCAGCAGCAAAGCAACCGUGGAAGCAAUACUGCUUCUGGUAUAGCUUCGUCCGGCAGAGCUCGUGUUGGUGGCAAGGCUGGUAUUGGUACCAGCGGCAAUCCUGGUGCUGGAGGCUCCGAAAGAGGUGGCGGUGGAGCAUAUAACGAUCAUCAUCAGUAUGGAAACCGACGAGGUGGUGGCAGUGCCCAACCACCACGAUAUGCUAACCGAAACACAAUGGCUGGUGGUAAUGGAAACACCGUUUCUAUGGGACAUACACGAGUUUCUACAGGGGCUAACGCCACUGGCAGCAGCGAAACUAGCAGCCCAGGCGGAAUACAUGAUGAUAAUCGUAAUACCAUGCUACCAUAUGGUGUGGGUUCUUUGGCUGAACAAGAACAGGUGGUGGUUCGGCCGAUCAUACGAGACGAAGAACUUCAAAGGUUGGAAGCAAUCGCGAAGGAUGAGGGUUGGGCUAAAGAUUAUGAAUUUGAUUAUAAUCAGAAGUUGGAAUUUUCUGAUGAUGAAUCGGAGCUGAAUUCUACGACAAUUUCAACUAAGGAAAAUGAGAUUUCUGUUCCGAAAACAGAAAUGAAAACGUCAGCUAUCGACGAAGUGAAAGAUCGCGAUCAAGAGAGGUUUGGCAGCCAUGAACGUAUAGUGAUACGCGACCGUGACAGUGGACGUGAUCGUAUUACCGAUAGAGAUCGGGAUCAUGGUCAUGAUCAGGAUCGUGACUUGGCGCAAUCGAAUGGAUAUGGUGGAAGGGCUGUUGGAUCUGGCGAUGGUGGUUUAAUUACCACAAAUGUCGUGAGCCUAGGAGCUCUCGAUGCGGCUGAGGCAAAAGAGCGCUUAAAGCAGCGUCGUGAAGAGGAUCAAAGACGAGAAUUGGAACGUAAGCAGGCUGCAGCUAGAAAGUUGCAAGAACUGGAACAAAAACUUAGCCGGAAAAAAGCUGAUGAUGUGGUGGACACCAAUCAAAGCAAUAACGACAUAACUAAUAAUAUAAAUGCUACUGCUGCAUCUAUUGCAAAUAUAACAACAUCUCCAUCUGGCAAAUUACAGGAAGACAGCAUAAUGGAAAAGGCUGGCGAACGUACUAUAUCUGUUAAAAUACGAGGAAAAAGCGAUGAACGAAUCGAUGUGAAGGAAGUCCGCUAUGAAUUUAUUGCUGGUGGUAGUUCACGGCACGAUCGUGAUUCUAGUAUUAUCAGCGGUAGUUCUAGUAGUAAUUGGGACAUGCCAGGAUUUUCGAAGACGUUCCAGUCAAAUUUACCACCGAGAUUCCAGAAGCGUAAAUUGGAAAGAAAUACAUCUGGAACGAACCUAUUGGCUGCCAAUGCAAAUACAAAUAAUAAUUCAACUGUCCCCCAGUCUGUAUCUCGCAUGAGCUCUGCCAGUAACGCUACUGUGUCAUCAACUAAUGCUGGUGGUGAAAUGAAAAGUGGGCUUCCUUUUGCACAGCAAUAUGAUCCACGAUUUAUGCAUAACCCACAGAGCUACGGAAAAAAUGCAGCAAAUAAUAUGGCGGGUGGGUCACGCCGUAGUGCAACAGCAGCCGGUGUAGUGGACAGUGUAACAACCAGUUCACGUAGCUCUUCUGUUCGAGAGCGAGAUGAACGCCAGCGUCAACAAUUUGAGAACCGUGAGCAUCUUCAACGGGAGGUUAUGAAAUCUCGCCUGGAUACUGCCGAAGUGGAUCAAAUCAAUACAGUAAGCAGUGGAAAUUCAGACUCUGCCAACCACAAUCAUAUGAAGCAAGUCAGUGGGGAACGCAUUACGCCUCUGACUCGUAGUUUAUCGGAAUCGGGUAAUCGAAAGAUUAGUGGCUCCAGUGAUGAUAAUCAUCACCAUCAUGGACAACAUUCCCAUCUCUAUAAUCAAUCUUCGGCGCGCAAUUCUGGUAGUAACAUUGGCAAUUCUGGAAAUUAUUCCAGAGAAAUAUCCUGCGACAAAGAUACAGGAAAGGGUUCUUCAGCAUCAUCACCUGCUUCGUUCAGUGGCAGUGAAAAACUACGUGAUACCCCGCCUCGUACAGAUUGCGAGCAUCCGAAGCAAAUAUUGCAACGCGUCAAAGAAACAACACCUUUACAUACGUCUACACUACACGACGACGUUCAAGGUACUAGUAGUCAUGGUGGCCUGAAAAACAUAGAUCGUGAAUCUAUCAAACAAAAGGACAAAGAAAGCGAAAAGGCUAAGGUACUGCCAUCGUCGGAUGCAAUUGCUAAUAUGGGGGGUAAUGUCGUUGGUGGUAAUGCGAGGAUGUGGGAUGACAUAGAUGAUCAAUCUAAAAAAUGUGGUUUAGAAAAAGGAAAAUUACGUCAAACAGAGGAAUAUUCUGCUGCAACUGUAGAGCAUAACGUAGAAAAUGUAGAAGCAUGUUCGAAUGAUUUCCAAAAUGACGUUUCACGAAUGGAUAGCUCUCCGAAAUCGGCUGCUACAGAUGCUUUGGUCGUUUCGAAUUCAUUCAGCGGAAAAGAAUUAGAUGAUAAGCAUGCAUCGUCCAUAUCUGCGGUAAUACAGCCAGGUCAGCAAAGUGGGAAAAAGAAAGCAAUUGCGUCAAAUCAGCAAGCACACUCACGAGAAAAUCGAAAUCAUGAUGCUCGUUCCGGGAUUCGCGGAAGUAGCUAUUCUGGUGGAUAUCAUCGUGGAGAAGGCCCAGGCGGUGUAUCCAAUAGAGGCGGUAACACCAAUUGGAAUCGAUCCCGUGGUGGUGGUAGAAUUGGCGGAGGGACUCGUGGCUACAAUCAAGAUUGCUGGAGUGAGUCUGAAAUAUCAGAAGAAGGACUAGAAGAACAAUCUAAGCAAAAUUUGCUUCCCCAUCAAACAUCUUAUAAUAACUCAUCUUCUGCGGCUGGUGGAAUACAAACAACGACAGUUGGUACUAUUAACAUUGGCAUUACUAAGGAAGGAUUUGUUCCACGUGGAGAACCAUCCCGUCGGGGCCGAGGCGGCGGUAGCGCUGGAACCAGUGUUGUAACUUCAUCAAGCGCUAUCAUUCGACAAAAACAACCACCUACGAUUGAUGGUUGUGGAGGAUCUUCAAUUGAUAGCGGUGCAAAUGUUUGUAAAAAAAUUGAAGGAUAUGGUCCACCAAAGUCCAAAAGCCCGUUCGGAAGCGGCACGAGCUGCAUUGAUGAUAAAGACAUGAAACACCACUCUGACGGUGACAGUAUAAACAGCAGCAUUGCCAUUACAUCAACUGCUGGGGAUGAUCGAAAUAAAAAUAUCAGACCUUUUUCAACAAAUAUAGGGAGCAAAGGAACUGAAGAUGUUUUGCAACAAAGUAAUGAUCAAGCAAAAUCUGUUGCGAUGCUUGUAGAUCGAAAAUCAAACACGAUGAUGGACAUUCUUAAGGAUGAAUCUCAUUCCAGUGAUGACAAAGGAGUGUCUCACAAAACAAGAAACAGAUCGAGUAUUGCAGAUGAUAAUCCUUUGAAGGACAGCUGCGCGAAUGAUUCUAAUAAAUUAUCUUAUGGUACUCAUAAAGAUGAUAAGAUGCGAUCUAAAGGCGGCAUAAAUACGUUGGUAAAUGCGAAAAGCGGUAGCUCCUUGACAACUCAGCAACAGCCAAAGAACAUAAACUCUUCAACUGGGGCGAAUGUAAGUGUCAAUACCACUAACCAAGACGGCUCUGUGGUGUACAGAGGCAAUGCGAAUGUCUCCAAUAUUAUCGGAAGCAGUUCUGGUGGUGGAGGUUAUAGAGUGGGUUCCAGCAACCAUAUGCCUUCACGCUUAUCAAAACAGGCUCCUAUUACACGAGGUCAACGAGUAAGACUCAACAGCACUGAUUCUAGUGGCGAAAGUUUAGUUUCACCGGGAGGAUCCAAUUCCAAUCAAACAGGCCCCACAGUGGCAUUGUCGAAUAUUUCAGAUAAUACAAAUAUGUCAGCUACAGUUCUGUGUACACCUUCUUCAAUUUCGUCCACGGAAGGAGAAGGAGUGUGUGUAGAACAUCAGUUGUCAUCACAGCAGGCUGUAAUGGAUAAACUGGCCGUUGUUUCUUCCUCAGUAAGCGCCAAGACUGAUAAUGAUAAGCAUCAUCUGGACGGCAAUACUCCACCGGUCAACACAAUUAUCUUUGAAAACACGAACUACAAAUCUGGCACAACGGUAUCUGCGUUAGGUACGGGAGGUCCUAGUGCAGUGCUUGGAGAUAGUAGCAAUACCAGCGGAACUACUAAUGCGACGGUUAGACGUCAGCAAACUACUAGCAACAGCGCCGUUAAUGUUGGUUUGAAAGUAAGCUCUGGUUCGAUCAGCGAAAAGUCCUCUUCGGGUACCGUAGGAUCAGUUAUUAAACCGCUUGCAUCAAAUUCUUCUGUUCAUCGCCCUGUGGCUUCAACGUCAUCAGUUGAUAAUAGUUUCCCGCAAACGAUUGUAAGUAAUACCCAGAGAAAUGUUUUAUCGACGGGUGUUUCGAAGCAACCACAGACGUCUUGUAGUGUUAUAUCAAACUCUUUACAUGGAAUUUCCUUCCAAAAGGGGGAUGAUUACGAAAAAGAUAUGAAAUCGUACGCUUUUGAAACUGAUAUUAGUCAUCUGAUUGAUGGUGACAAAGGUGUCAAGCAACAAUCAUCAGUAUCGAGCAGUUUGUGUUUGUCGAAAUCAAUCGAUGUGGAGAGUGGUGGUAGUCAUGUAGGAGGCCCAGUUUCGGUGCAAAACAUGAUCUCACCGUCUACUGUUGAUUUAAAUAUGAAAAUAGCGAGUGUAAAGAAAGUUUGGGAAAUGCCAACUGUACCAGAGCAACCAGGCGUCGGAAGUAAUGUUGCUUGCAAUGUUAGUGUGACUAAUGAUUAUUCUGUUGGUGGCACUGGGAAUAGUGGAGGUGGCAACAAUGUCCAUUUAAAAUCAAAUUUCGUGCCAGGCUCACAUCAUCAACCACAUCUGGCACAGUAUCAGCAUCCGCAUGCUGGAGGAAGCGGCCACCAUUCGCAUCAAACACACGGUGCUAAUUCUACUUAUGGAGCUGCUUUCGGUGCGGAUUCAGAUGCUCUAGUAGAUCAUUUUAACAGUUCAACCAAUGUAUGCAAUGUGCCGAACUCAGUAGCAUCAGCUGACGGUUGUGACAUGACAGCUGGAACAACCCUCGCCACCGAUUGUAACGAUGGUUCUAACGGUGUGUAUGGUUUAAGUCAUCAUCAUUCGCAACCCCUCCAACAACAACAGGCUGCUAAGGCGCAACAGAAGCAAAUUCAUCAGCAUCAGCAUGAAUCAAAAGCUCAACGACAGCAACAGCAUCUUCAGGAAUCGCAGCAGUCACAACAGCGUCAAACGCAAAAACAGCUCCAACAGCAUCAACAGCAAGCACAGCACUCCUUGCAACAACAACAUACGCAACAAUUGCAUCAGCCGCGUCAGCAGCAGCAACAUCCGGAUCAGCCACAACAUCUGCAGCAAUCGCAACAACAGUCUCCACAAUCGCAGUCACAUGCGCAAUCGCAACAGCAUGUACAAGCGCAGUUACAGUCGCAAUCACAGGCGCAAAUGAAAUCACAACAGCAACCGCAACAACCGCCUCCACAAAUGUCGCAACAACAGUCACAGCAACAAACGCAGCAACAGUCACAACCGCAACAGCCACCGCCGUCAGCACAUUCGCAACCGCACCAGCAACAACAUCAAUCGCAAAAACAGGGGCAACAUCAACAGCAGCUGCAACAGCUUCCUGUACAACAUCAACAACAACUACAGCAAUCGCAUCAUCAACAACCGCUUCAAGUUCAACAUCAACAACAGCAAGCGCAACAACAUGUUUCAUCCGUUAAUGUGCAGCAUCAAGGGGCGGCAGCCGUCACAAUGAGCUUAAAUAAACACCAGGCCACGGAUGUGUUAGCAGCCGCCGUUGCUGCAAACAACGUUAACGUAUGCAAGGUUAAACCGACCCAGCAGGGAAGUGGUGUUAGUGUAAGCGGUAUGCAUCAAUCGAGCGGUUUGGGACUAUCGCCGCCACCGCCACAGAUGCAGAGUAGCUCGAUUCCAUCUGCGCCGCAUCCAUUUUAUCCGGCCCAAUAUGGUGUAUCAGCGAUUCCAUCACCGCCAGCUGUCCUGUACAAUUCGCCUGCAGCCCUUACUUCCCAGGCUGGUCUUUAUAACGCAUUCCAAAUCGAACCUAGUGGUCGUUCGCAGUUUUCACAGUUUCCAGGUCACUACGGUACAUCUGGUACAGGAGCUCCAUACAACGCGUACAUGACUCCUACACCAGCUAAUAUGCAAACGGGGCCUACGCCCGAAAUGUUUCAGAGUCUCUCCUCUCAGUUUCGCAUGGGUUCUGUUCAGUCACCGUACAAUCAGUCAACUCAGAUGGGCAAUCCAAAUACGAUGUUAAUUUCGUCAAGCAACAGCUCCCUUAUGUCUUCUUCGGUAAAAUCUUCGACACAACAGAUUGGUGCGAUUGGGCAGCCAAAACCAAGUGGGGGCUCAGUUGGACAGCCACCGUACGCACAGCAAUAUCUUAACAUGUUCCCGCCUGCACCGAUGCAAAACACGGCUGCUAGUUACUACUCAAACUCUGCUGGUGGUCAGAACGCAUUCUUCGGCUCGGCUGGUGCAGCAGGUGCAGCUGCGCAAAAUGCGUUUGGUAUACCGGCAGGAGCUGUGGCCGCUGCAAAUAUGUUUGGAGGUCACGGAGGACAAAAUCCUUCCAACGCGCCUCAGCCUCCACCGCCACAGCAGCAGAUGCCUAGUUAUAGUUCUCAAUUUUUAAGUUCACCGCUUCUAACCGCUACCAAUCCGACGAUGGGCCAACAACAAUAUCGAGGUGCUCCGAACAAUAGCUCACAGCAGUCGAGCGCAACUGCUGCUGCAUAUAUUAAAUCAAACCAAUCUCCACAAUCAUCUCACAUCCAGCAGCAACAACAGCAACAGCAGCAGGAUACAUGGGAUCUGCAGAACCAACUAAUGCAACAUCAACAACAGAUAUCUAAUCAACAACAGUCAGUCACAUCUCAACAACAAACGUUGUUAUCAACUGUGCCCGGAGGUCAGCAACAGCCGCAAGGAAAUCAGCACUCAGCGAACCAUAAUCGUAACAUGAUGUCCUCUAAUCAGGGACACAAUCAGCUAGUUGGUUGUAGCGCUAAUACUACCGGAACUGGAAGUGCAGUUAUUGUUGGCAACGGUGCGAAUGGCAGUACUGGAAGCAGUAGUGGCCGAGGGCCUGUACAAAUUCAAGGAUCUGGUGUUGCUGGAACGCAACGAUAUCCAUCUCCAAUUCAACGACCUACGAACUUUUCACACGUACAGGUUCAAGGUUUACAACAUCAUCAGCAACGAUCCAAUCGACCAAUAGGCCACGGUCAACAAGGUACCGGUAAUUGCAGUGGUCAACAAUCCGGCGGAGGUAACAAUGUCGGGCAGGGUGUAAACAAUUCAGGCAAACACUAUUACGGUGGUAAUCGUGGCUAAUUAGCUAGAUUCAUGCGCAACACUUCACGAUUGAACGAGGAUACAAAUAGUGAAUAUGUCUAUGACGAUGAUUGGUUCUGAAUGGAUAUGCGAUGACUAAAAUAUUCUAUACGUGCUUAAGUUAUGAUUACCUUGACUUGAUAUGAAUUGUUUAGAAAGCGCAGCAUAUGUUGCACGGCUAUAUCUCGUAGCAAUCAUUUUCUUAGUUUUGACUACAUAAAGGUUUUUCAAAACAUUGGCAUAUUUAAAUAUAUGCUCAUUAUUACUCGUGUUUUGAUUUACCAGAAGAUAUUACAGGUGUUUGUUUUUAUCUCUAAAGAAAGCUUCGAUUGUUUUGUCCAUAAUUUGACCGUCUAAUAUCCGUCUAGUAACCACUAUUUGCCUCCAUAAUCUACUGAAUAGAAACGAAAAAUUCACUGAUUUGCUGUAAGAUGCUGAACGAGAGAGUAGUGAAAACAUCGGUAAAACUGAGCUUCACUUUAAAAUGACUACCAAUAUAGAAGUUGAGAAAUUCAUUCCGUGUGAACUCAAGUUCAUGGCAAUUUGGCAACAGAUUUGGAAGCUGCUUUGGAUGAAACAUCAGCAAGGAACUUUUGACAUGUUCUGAAGCUAGUUGUCGUGCUACCAGAAGAAAUGGUUCUACGGUUGCGGGAAAUAUUGUUCCACAAAUAUUUAUCCUAUAUAAAGUCGAAGUGUCGUAUGUUGAAAAUGUUGCACAAUGUUCUGUGGAAAACAGGGACAAAAUAAGGUAUAGCAGUGCAGUGGUUCGCAGAUGCAUGGAAUAGUUAAAAGGCAAUUGGCAAUUCACUACACAUUUCACAAUGCCGAUACAAAUUUAUAGAAAAAUAACAUGCUUUUUAUGAAUUGGAUACUAUGAAUAUAGCUACCAAUUACCAAUAAGCUAAAGUAAGGCGGUUAAUUACAAGUUCUAAAGGAUGAACAACAGCCACAUCCACUUUCAAAAACUGGAGCUCAACAAAUGUUGAAUUGAAUUCAUGUAACGAUAGCUCGAGCACGAGCUUAUCUUAACAAUAUUCAUAGCAUCUAGUUAUUUCGAAUAUUUAUAUGAAGCAAAUAUAACACACAAUGUCGUCAUACCGUACCGUUACUCUAGGAUUGUGGUUAGAUAUUGUUUUAAUUUCAAUCUCCUCACGAUUUUAGGUAUGUGUUAUAACACGCACGACGUGAGCAUCAGUUUUCUUUAAAAUUUGCUACUUUUAGUAAUAUCACGUUCGCCAUAGUGAAAUUACAUGCGUGCGUGAUCGAACUCAAUUCUUGUGGAAAAGAUGUAGUACCACAAUCAUUCUAAAUGACAGCAAGAUGGUAGCUUUCUCUGUUUAAGGAACUUAGUAGACAUUCUCGAACAUGAAAUGUUAUAAAGUAACCAAGUAACGAAACGUGUACGGUGAGACACAAUGAAUAGCUAAUAAUAUACAAAACAUCAAAUAUAUUGGAAAAAUAAAAUAACAACGAUUUAAACCGCGUAUAUUUUUAGUUAAUUGAACAAAAUGCUACAUUUUAAUAUUUCACGUAUACAGUCAAUGACGAAUAGACAGAAAAAAUAAAUUUCUCAAGAAUA